UAUGGAUAAGUUUCAAUUUUAUAAAGCUUACACUUAUAAAGAAGGUUAUACUUGUGGGGUGAUUCUUCGCAUGAUUCAAAUACAGAGUUCUAGUUAUGAGAGUUUGUUUUUCUUUACAGUAUGGCCGCCAGCACAUCGAAGUUGCAAAGAAAUUGCAGAGGAGUGACAGUUCGGAUGAGGAGGAACCCCUCGUGCCUGACGACAAGCCACCAUCAGCUAUUAUCAAAGAGAAUGGUGUUAAUGGCACGAAGACGACAGUUAUCGAACGACAAGAGAUACUCGGUCCGUCGCCAGAGUUGAACUAUCGGCGGGUCCAGAACGGACAUAAAACUGAACAAGGGAAUGGUGAGACUAAUCUAGAAUUCCACUUCUAUCACUGCAUGGACCUGGUGAAGGCAGGCAUGGAAUCUAUAAUUGAGGAUCAGGUCACCUCCGUCUUCGAGGCUGAAGAGUUGAGGAGUUGGAACUUACUAACUAGGACUAAUAGACAGUAUGAAUUCUUAACUUGGAGGCUGACUAUUAUUUGGAUGAUGGGUUUUGUAGUCAGAUAUUUCUUCUUGUUACCUUUAAGGAUAUUGAUUUUCGUCAUUGGGGUGCUGACGCUGCUCUGCACGAUGCUAUUGGUGAGCACGCUACCAACGAAGCGAUUGCGUCGCUACUUCGGUGCGAUUUCCUACAAAAUAUCCAUGAGAAUUCUGAUGAGAAGUCUCUCUUGUGUGGUGUACUACCAUAAUCUACCGCAUCUACCGAAGGAACGCGGCUUCUGUGUUGCCAACCACACCAGCCCGAUAGACGUGAUAAUACUCAGCUACAACAGUUAUUUCUCUUUGAUUGGUCAAAGACAUGACGGUUUCUUAGGGCUCCUGCAGCGGGCUCUUGCUAGGGCUUCGCCCCAUAUUUGGUUCGAAAGAUCUGAAGUAAAGGAUAGGCAUGCAGUCGCUAGAAGGUUAAAAGAACACAUUUCAGUGCCAGAUAAUCCACCGAUUUUGAUAUUUCCUGAAGGCACUUGUAUUAACAAUACUUCAGUAAUGCAGUUCAAGAAAGGAAGUUUUGAAGUCGGCGGCACUAUUUAUCCUGUGGCUAUCAAAUAUGACCCUCGUUUCGGGGACGCGUUUUGGAACAGUUCUCGGUACGGAAUGCUGCAUUAUUUACUGAAUAUGAUGAGUUCUUGGGCUAUUGUCUGCGAUGUUUGGUAUCUUCCACCAAUGUAUAGGUACAAUAACGAGACGGCGGUUGACUUCGCUAAUAGAGUGAAAGCUGUUGUCGCUAGGAGAGGUGGACUCGUCGAUUUGAUGUGGGAUGGUCAGUUAAAACGUAUGAAGGCAAAGAAGGAAUGGCGUGAACUACAACAGGAGGAAUUCAGUAAAAGAUUAAAGGGAGAGUAGUCUGCAGGAAUAUAGACCGAAAAUAUUCCAGUCUAGACCGGAGACUACAUUCCGAUCUAGACCGGAGACUGGAGACUACAUUCCGGUAUAGACCGGGAACUGCAGAACGGUCUAGUCCGGAGAUUGUAGACUGCAGCCCGGUCUAGACCGGAGAUUGUAGACUGCAUCCCGGUCUAGACCGGACACCACAGACUUAGUGAUAUGUGUUGUGAUGUACUUUUAUAAUGGAAUUCGAAGAAGAGAAGUGAAUAGAAGAGGAAAGAACGGUGAUACUAGAGAUAGUAAUCGUUUAUAACUGCUUAUAUCAACGCCAAAGACAUUAAAGAAAUAUAUAGACCAGACAUUUUUUCACCGGUAACUUCUUUGAAAGGUUAUAAAAUAUAAUAU